AAACAUUAAACGAUUAAACACCUAAUGUAGUAUGUACUAAGUUGUACUUACUACUUACUAAUCUUACAUUUAUUAGUUAAUUAUUAUGUCAAUACUUAAUACUCAACAGUGAUCUAUUAGGUACUUAUGUUACGAUUUUACUUACAGUUCAGUUUUAAACUAUUCUACUAAUGCAUACAUUUUAUGAUAAUGUAUGUAAUUUGAGAAAUGUGUAUAAUCUGUAAAAUUUAUAAUAGUAUAAUAGUAUAAUAUAUUACACAAUACAUUAAUAUACAAUUUUUUUAUAAGAGAAAUAUAGAACAAAAAUGAUGAUCUCUAAUAUAUUUACUACAACUCUGGGUUUUAUUGUAUCUGUCAUUCUGCUAAAAGACGUACGUUCAUCAAGAGUAUUGGAACUUAGUGAUGGGUUUAUUGAAAUGAAAAACGAUGGACAUUGGUUCAUAAUGUUUUAUGCUCCGUGGUGUGGCCAUUGUAAGAAGUUAGAACCUAUUUGGCGUCAUGUUGCUCAAGCACUACAUCACUCUGAUAUACGGGUUGGAAAAAUAGAUUGUACAAGAUAUAAAAGAGUAGUUUCAGAGUUUGGAUUGUCAGGGUAUCCUACAAUCAUGUUCUUUAGAGAUAGAGAAGGUGAAUUUAAAUUUAAUAGCGAGCGAUCUACAGAAGAAAUGGUUCAUUUUGCAAAGCGAUUGGCUCGUCCUCCCGUUCAAGAGGUCACUGAUAGUAAAGACAUUGAAAUGCUCAAACAAACAAAAAAAAACUUCUUUAUGUUUAUUGGGAAAAGUGUUGGCCAUACUUGGGACCUCUUUUAUGAUUUGGCAAAACAAUAUCAAGCACAUUCUUAUUUUUAUAUUACACCUGAAAUAACUGGAAAACAGCAUUUUGUUUUUGGAGAAACUCCCGCAGUUGUGGUGUAUAAAGAAGAACAACACUACUCUUUCAAUGCUGAUGAAUGGGAUAUGGACUUCAAUACAAGCUUAACACAAUGGAUAAACACAGAGAGAUUUGAUACUUUUGUAAAAGUAACUCGAUCAAAUAUUCACCAUAUGUUGGAGACCAACAAGUACUUAGUUUUAGCCUUAGUGGAAGAGAAUAAAAUUGAAAAGUUACCUCCCCACCAUUCAGAGUUUCUUCAGAUGGUAGAAUCAGUUAUUGUGAAGAAUAGAGAACGUUUUCAUAGGAACUUUCAAUUUGGAUGGAUUGGUUCACCAGAAUUCGCCAGUUCUAUUACUUCAUCAGAUGUAUCACUGCCAUCAUUAAUUAUUUACAAUUCCUCUACUAGACAUCAUCAUUUUCCAAAAGAAAAACCACAUGAACUGACACCUGAAUCAAUUACUAUAUUUCUAGAAGCUGUAAGAAAUCAAUCAGUAAAGGCAUACGGAGGAAGUGGUGUGUUUAUACAGAUGUACAGGAUGUAUUAUGAGACAAAGAAGUCCUUAGUAAACAUUUGGGUUAACAAUCCUGCAGUUGCUAGUGUUUUAUUUGGAUUGCCUAUAGGCUUCCUACUAUUAAUAUGCUAUUCUACAUGUUGCACAGACAUUAUGGAUGCUAGUGAUGACGAUGAAGAAGAUGUGCAUCAUGAGAAAAAAGAAUAAAACUACUCAUUAAAAUAUUCAGGCGUAUUGAUUUAUUAACAGAUGUUGAAUAAAUAUUUAAAAACAGAUGAAACAUAAAAUAACUAUUUAUAUACAUACUAUUCAUGUUUAUAUAUUAUGUACACAUACAAAAUUAUUCAAAUUUUAAUUUAUAAAAAUACCUAAGAUUACAUUGAGUUCCAGUAAAGAAAUCCACCACAUUAUAAAGUAUAAAUAUUAAUUGUAUAGGUCAUUUGACUAUUUCAUAAAUUCUGUAACAUAUUAUGAUCUACUACAUGUAAUUUAAUUGAAAAUUAGAUGUUGAAUUGAGUAUUUUCCAGUUUGUAAAACUUUGAAUGAAUGUUGGAUUUUAUUUUAAAUGAAGGGUCUAUAAAUUAUUUAUUAAUUUAAAUUUUUAACCAUGAUUUUCAUAAAUAAUUGCAACUACAUACUUUUCAAUGCUGCAGUUUAUUUAUCAAUAUACAUUUUAAUCUGAAGUGUUGCUUUAAAAUAUAAAUGCAUGGUUAGCAUUAUUAAUGAUUUUAAAUGUUUAGUUUAUAUUACAAUUAUUUAUUUCUGAACUUUCCCAGUUAUUAUUUAUCAUGAGAGACGCACUGGUAGUUACUUAAAUCUUAUUUACUACGUAAAAAUUAAAUAAUCUGUUUGAAUAAAUUAAAAGUUGAAAAAAAUAAGACUGAAUCAGAAAUUUAAUUAAAAUAAUAAUGGUUAAUUUAAGUUAUCCAAAUCAUCCUAGAUGUAGAAAAGAGACAUAAGUAGGAACAACAAUUUUAAUUUAUAUCUCUCAUUAACACCUCAAUUAAAGGAAAAUACUUAUUAGUUUUAUUAAUUUUAAACCAAAUAAAAAAAAAAAAAA